AUGUCUCUCCCAACCUCUAAUCGUGCACUGGUGUGGGUGGGCAAGCGCAAGUUGGAGGUCCAGCAGAGACCUGUCGUUGCGCCCGGUGAAGGCGAGGUGCUGGUCAAGAUCAUGUCGACAGGAAUUUGUGGCUCAGACUGCCACAACUGGGAGAGCGACAGUGUGUCGAAACAGCUGGUGCUGGGCCACGAGUCUUCAGGCAUUAUCGAGCAGGUGGGCAAGAAUGUCACGGACCGGUUCGUUGGGCAGCGAGUCGCGGUCGAGCCGGGCAAUGCUUGCAUGAACUGCGAGUUUUGCUUGAAGGGGAACCCCAACGUCUGUGCCAACCUUAAAUACUGCGGAAUGGACCCGACCGACGGUACGAUUUGCCAGUAUUACACAUGUCGCACAUCGAUGACAGUGCCCAUACCGGACAAUGUUUCGUGGGAGGAGGCCGGGGCUAUCCAGCCUGUGGCCAUUGCGGUUCAACUGUCCCGGAGAGCUGCGUUGAAUGUUGGCCAGACAAUGGCUAUCUUUGGCUGUGGCCCUCUUGGCCUGCUGGUCCUUGCGGUUGCGAAGUCUCACGGCGUCAAGAAGAUUGUCAUGUUCGACAUUGAGCAGUCACGGACAGAGUUUGCAGAGAAAUAUGGCGCCGACGUCGGAAUCGCAACUCCCAAAAACACGGACCCUUCUGUGGACUCCCUGACAUUUGUACAAAACUACGCCAAGGAGGUCAUCUCCAAGCACGAACUGGGACACGGAUUCGAUGUCGUUGUCGAGGCUAGUGGCGCAGACAUCUGCAGCCAGAUGGGCGUGUUCAUGCUGAAGGCGGGCGGUACCAUGGUCCAGGCCGGUCUGGGCAAGCCUUUGACUUCGGUCCCCUUCUUCCAGGUUACGGCAAAGGAACUUACCAUCAAAGGCACUGUCCGUUACACACCUGGCUGCUUCGCGGACGCGAUCAGCCUCAUCUCUAGAAAGCUUGUUGACUUGAAGCCCCUGAUCACAUCUACAUAUCCCCUGACUAAGGGAGCCGAGGCGUUUGAGGCACAGCACGCCAGGAAGGAUAUCAAGAUCAUUAUCAUGAACCAAGAAUGA